AUUAUUAAAAAUUAUAAUUUUUCCAUUCCAUAAAUUAAAUCUUUAUUAUAAAAUAUAUUUAUGAAUAAAUUUUGAUAUUUGACAUUAUAUUUAUUAUAUUUAUAUAAUUCUAUAAUAAAAAAGAUGAAUAAAAAAUAUAUUUUAUUAAUAAAUUAAAUAAAUUAUAAUUAUUACAAGUAUUAUUAUAUUUAAAGAAAUAAUUCUAAUGAAUUUUAUUACUCGGCCAUUUUAAUUCUCUUUCAUUAUUUAUUUUUAAUCUAAUUUUUAAAAAUUUUUUCAAUACAAAUUUAAAACCAAAAAUAAAAGUGAAACGGCGCUUGCUCCGAUUCGCUGAGUAGCUGAGCAUGCUUAAAACCUAGUAGUUGUUCUUCAGAAACGUGGGAUUGAAGAAACGUUGCUAAGGUUCCUGUUAAAAUAAAACUUCGAUUUUUUGCUACCUUGUGUGCAUGCUAUCGUAUAGGAAUUAUUUGCAGUGGUGGCGCAAUAGCGAAGUGUCGUCGGAACGUAGUGGCUGUAGUUCAGCCAGUCGCUUAGUGUUGUUGGUGAAUUGAGAGUGGCAUUUCUCGCUCCGCGAAGCACAGGAUAUUGAUCUGUACAUUGUCUCGUGCAGUUUUUAAUCCAGGAUCAACCGUGGUGCUUCUUGUACCUCGUAAAACGUGUCAGUUUCGGGGUACGAGUAUCAGAACUCAGUAAACAGACUGAGUGACGCUAGAUCAUGGAUAUUACACUUCUACUAUUAGCUCUGGGUGUAAUUGCUGCGAUGUUUGGUGUGGUGGCAACGAGAUUCGGUUUCCCUGGAUUCAACAAAAUCGCCCAAAUCGCGCUUGCUUUGGCGUUGCUUCCUGUCAUCUGCAGAUUUCAUCGGAAGCUAUAUGUCAUAAUGAAGAUUCUACCUCGAGAUAUAAGAUUUCUUUAUCGUGCUGUUACAGCAGAAAAGGAAAUAAAAAAACAUGAUCGAAAUAAUUUAACUGUCCCGGCUAUAUUUAUGAAAAGAAUGGAACGUAAUCCUCAAAAACCUUGUUUUUUCUUCGAAGAUCAAGUUUGGACUUUUUCUGAUGUCAAUAAAUAUAGCAAUCAAAUAGCAAAUGUAUUUCAAAACGCAGGAUACGUAAAAGGGGAUGCAGUGGCUUUAAUGAUGUCAAAUAGGCCAGAGCAUGUUGCAAUAUGGCUUGGUCUGGGGAAACUCGGUGUUAUCACUGCAUUGAUUAAUACAAAUUUACGUCUUCAAUCUUUAAUUCAUUGUCUUCGUAUCGCUAAAGUAAAGAGUAUUAUUUAUAUGGAAGAAUACUCAUCUGCUCUCGAUGAAAUUAAGGAUUCGAUUCAGGGAAUUAUAAAAUACAAAAUCUGUAACAAAUCUAAAUGCGAGGAUGGCGAAUACGAUUUGAACGAACUUAUAUCGGAAGUUGGUACAAGUGAACCGAUAGUAAAGGAUCCACCAACUUACCGCGAUAAGUUGGUGUACAUCUACACAAGUGGUACCACCGGUUUACCAAAAGUAGCAAUAAUUCUUAAUUCAAGAUACUUACUAACUAUAAUGCCUUUUAAAUUAUUGGGCAUGAGACAAGAUGAUAUCCUAUACAAUCCAAAUCCAUUGUAUCAUACGGCUGGUGGAAUGAUUGGGGCAGGUUUCGCGAUUGUUAAAGGUGUACCGAACGUGUUAAGGACUAAGUUUUCAGUAUCGGCUUAUUGGACAGAUUGCAUCAAAUAUAACUGUACCGCAGCACAAUAUAUCGGUGAAAUGUGUCGUUAUUUGCUGAGUGCACCACCUAAACCGGAAGAUACUGCACAUCGAUUGAGACUUAUGUUUGGAAAUGGUAUGAGGCCACAAAUUUGGAACGAGUUCGUUAAACGUUUUAACAUUAAACGAGUUUCUGAAUUUUAUGGAUCCAGUGAAGGAAAUGCUAAUAUUUCUAACUUUGACGGUCGGAUUGGAGCUGUUGGUUUUGUACCAUUAAUUGUGCCACGAAGAUUUCAUCCUUUAGCAAUUAUCCGAGUAAAUAAUCAGACAUAUGAGCCUGUGAGAGAUUCAAAUGGCUUAUGUAUAAGAGCAGGAACAAACGAGCCAGGAAUGUUUAUAGGAUUGAUAAAAGAAGGAAAUGCGUUAAGAGAGUUUAAUGGAUAUUUAGAUAAGGAAGAAUCGAAAAAAAAAAUAAUACAAGAUGUAUUUAUUAAAGGUGAUAAAGCUUUUCUAACAGGUGAUAUUUUAGUAGAGGAUGAAUUUGGUUAUCUUUAUUUCAAAGACAGAGUAGGUGAUACAUAUAGGUGGAAGGGAGAAAAUGUUGCUACGGCAGAAGUGGAAGGAGUUAUUAGUAGUAUUGCAGGAAAAAGAGCCUCUACCGUUUACGGAGUUCAGGUACCUGGAAUGGAAGGAAGGGCAGGAAUGGCAGCGAUAGUUGAUCCGGACAGUCUUUUGGAUUUCAAAGCUCUCGCAGAAGGUUUAGAGAAAGCACUGCCGGCAUAUGCAAGACCAAUUUUCCUGCGAAUUGUGAAAGAACUUGAAAUGACUGGAACAUUUAAAUUGCAGAAAAUGAAUCUUCAAAAGGAUGGUUUCGAUCCGAAUAAAGUUCAAGAUAAAAUGUAUUUUCUAGCUGGUAACAAGGAAUACGUCGAAAUAACACCAGAACUUUAUCAAGAAAUUAUUUCCGGAAGAAGAAAGUUUUAGUCAUUAGAUACUUACUCGUUCGAUAUACUUGUAAAAGUUAGAGGACAAGUAUAUAUAACUUUUUUUUAUAACAUGAACAUAACUUCUGCACGCGCCUUGUAGAUACAAUGCAUAGGAUUUUAUGUAAUAAUCAAAUAUAAAAUCAUAGAAUUAUAGAUGGAUGUUUUUCCGACUCAUAAAAUUGAACGGGGAAGAGUUAUUUUUACGAAUUCAAAAAUAGAAAAAAGAAUGAAAAAAAGGUUGUUAUGUUAUAUAACAAAAAAAUAUUUCUGUCAUCAACAACGAGAGAUAAAUAUGGUGACAUGUUCCUGUUUAUUUUAUAAAUACUGUACAUUUUUAAUCAAAUGAAAUGGUCCAUAGCAUAAGACAAAUUGGCAUUGUAGAUAAGAAAAUAGCAACGAAUAAAAUCAUUCUUAAUAUAAUAUUGAUUUUUUAACAAAAAUAUUUUAUUUCUGAGAUACUCAGAAAUUUCUUAGACAAUUCUGUUUAUGACUAUUGAAUCAAAAAAAAGUAAAUUACUUAUAUAUUAAAUAUAACUUGUCAUCGUAUUUCGAUUGUAAUUUUUUUAUUUAUAUGAUUAUUCAAUUUGCAUUUAUCCUGUUUGAAUUUAUAUAUCUUUAUACCAAAAUAAUAGAAUUAAAAAAAAUGUGAAUAUACAUGUCGAUUAAGCGUAAUAUUAUAUGUAAGCUCAAUAUUAUAAGCAUAAUACUAUAUUAAUUCCGAUAUCAAGGAAUAAUAGAUGUAUAUAAAUUUGUUAUAAAAAUGUAACAUUGAACCAAACAAAAUUUCACUUCUACUUCAAACUAUUUAAAAUAAUAAUCAGAAUUGUAACUAAAAUUUUUCCAUAUUUAAAGAUUGUUUAAUAAUGCACUGUUUGUAUAUUUAAGUAAUCUUUGUAGAUUUGAUACUUAAAAUAUCGUAUAAAUGUUUUCAAAUUUAAAAUAUUUAAACAAUAUUUAUUUUAAAAUUUAUAUAGUCGACUAAUAAAAUUAAAAUAUGUAUUUUAGAAAAUUUUAUUGAAGCGAUCUUCAUAUAAUCAAUAAUUAAUUUGUUGCUUUUGAAUAAUUAUUUAAUGAUUUCUAAAAAAUGACUUUGUAUAUAUAUUUUUACAUAUUUAAAAAAAUGCAUAAUUGUAUUUAAUAUAUCAUAAAUUUAGAAAUUAGUAUUUCAAAAUAUGUACUUCACAAAAUUUUUUAUUUGAAAAAAAUUGGUUAGAAACAUUAGAAUACAUAUAAGUUAUAAAAUUUUAUAGAACUAUUAAUUAUAUAUUGCAUAUUAUCGACUUGUAUAUUAUUAAUCGAUAUUAUAUAAAUACAGGUUUCUGUAAAUAAAUAAUUACACUU